AUGGCGCAGAACUUCAAAUGCAUCGAUCUCUGCCUUCUACUGCACAAUAUACUAAAGAUUGAAGAUAUUGAAUUGGCAGUUGAGGUCACAAAUCGCUCUGUACAGCGUUCAUUCUCUUUAAGGGAUGCAGCGACUGUCUGGCUCAACUGCCUGCAGAACCCUUCAUAUGCGAGAUAUCUUUUGGUAUCCAUUCUUCAGGAGCUUGAGAAAGGAACCUUACAAGCAUCAACACUCCCAUCUGAGUUUGUAAUGAGACGGUUAUGGACUCUGCCCCAAAUUCUUCUCUACCUUUAUAGUCAGUUCCAUAUAGUGACCGCACAGCAAAAUGCACCAAACUUCUUGCACUGCCUGCCGGAGUUUUCCUCUCACGAGAAUAUCUCUGACCGGUGUCUACUCAUGAUCAAGCAAUACUUCAAGCGUAACAUGGCCCAGUUAGGCGGGAGUGAGUGGCUUACCCUGGAGCAGCUUACCCACCCGUCUCUAACUGGAAAAGAGGCACUUCAUUCACAGCAGAGUGUGAUGUUUUCCAACCAGGUCAAUAUCGUGUUAGUAGACUCAAUAGGUUCUCGUGACGCAAAGCCGACAGAUCCUAGGUCACCGCUUAUAUCUGCAGCCAUGGAGUCACGUCUUGCAAAGCACAAUACACUCCAAUCUUUGUUUGACGAAGCAUCCAUAGAAUUGGAUCUUUUGAAGUGUUUCAGGCCCUCGCUCUCCGACCCAGGAACGGUUGUUAUAAUCAGCUGCGCAGGAACCGCCAUUUUUUCCCCUAAAAAGGGAGAUUCUUCACUUGUGAUUGGCACCUCCAAGAGCGCGAAUAUUUCCUUGCGCACAGUUUGUCCAACUGCGGCCCUGCAGCACCUUAUUCUCACCUUUGACGCCGAUAAGUGUUCAUCUUUAAUAUCCAACAUUGGCUAUGAGCAAUCUGUCUUCUAUAUGAUCUAUAAACCCGGGUUCAAAUCCACCGCGGUUGACCUUAGACCUGGUGGCAAGCUGUUUUUCAAUCUCACGCACAAUUAUGAGUCCAGACCUGUUAUGGUUGCUGUUUACAUUUAUGGUUUUCCUCUCCUUAUGUAUGUCUUUUAA